AUGGCAAAUAAACGCGUUGGCUGGAAGUUCAGCGGCAGCCAGGCGGCCAAGGAGGCCUCAUCGCUAUGUGCGAUCCUAACGGAAAGCCCAUUUUGCCUCCUCGAGGUGAAACCGCCGAGACUUGCCAGUUGCCAUACCACUGAAAAGGCUGUCGUUAAUGCCGUCCUUUGCGGUACUGGAAACGCUUAUGCACCCGAUGACGUGUUUAUGACCGUUGGGUGCAAACAAGCCAUCGAGCUUGCAGUUGACAUCUUGGCUAAACCAAAAGCUAACGUCCUGCUUCCGAGCCCUGGCUGGCCAUGGGAUGUAGUUCGCGCCAUCUACAAGAAACUUGAGGUCCGCUGA